AUGUGGCGCAGAUUCAGUCCCCAAGCUUUUCUGCAAGGCGAGGGUGUAUCCGCCAAUCCAAGAUUUCACGAUGAAUACACGGUCGGGUGGAUCUGUGCGUUACCAAUAGAGCUAGACGCGGCAAAAGCGAUGCUAGACAAUAUACAUCCCAGUCUUCCCAUACCAGCCGCCGACGAAAAUGCAUAUACUUUAGGAUCAAUAGGAGGCCACAACGUUGUUAUAGCCUGCUUACCAAAACAGACAAUUGGCACUACUGCAGCGGCGAAGGUCGUCACUCAAAUGCAGUGCACCUUCGCAGUCAAGAUCGGCCUUCUGGUCGGUGUUGGCGGUGGUAUUCCAUCAAAGCUUAAGCUGGGAGACGUUGUGGUGGGGACUGAAUGGGUCCAAUGGGAUUUCGGCAGGGUCGUACAAGGCGGCUUCCAACAAACUAGCAAGCGAAACACGCCUCCAAAUAACCUAUUAACAGCAAUAUCCAAACUCAGGGCUCUGCGUAGAAUGGAUAGGGCCAAAGGCGGAGAAAAAUACUUUAAAUUCGCGAUUAAUACCUUUGCUAAAUUCCAUCCAAGCCUAAGGGGCCCUAGGGGGUUCACUCUAUUGAUGUCCACUCUAUUGGCGCCCGCUACUUCCAGAAUCAGGCCAGCUCGUGUUCGUUAUGGUUUAAUUGCUUCUGGAAACAGAGUAAUUAAAGACGCCGGGUGCCGGGAUGAAAUCGACAGAAGUCUUGGCGGAGAUGUCUUGUGUAUUGAAAUGGAAGCAGCUGGACUCUUAAAUUUCCCGUACAUCCCCAUUCGGGGUAUUUGCGAUUAUGCGGAUUCGAGAAAGAAUGACGACUGGCAACAAUACGCGGCUGCGGCCGCCGCAGGGUACGCAAGGGAACUGUUAGAAUCCAUCCACCCAGAAGGACAGUCCAUCAAAAGUUUUUUUGGCCGGCUUCUUAUGUCAUUACCAAAGGAUGGGGCCAAUAGAAGGGUUUUCGGGACGUUGAUGGUGAUUUUCGGAACGUUGAUGGUGGGUUUCCCUUCGCGAGUGGCGGAAUGCCCGUAUGAGGGACUCUACUGGCUUUCUGCAGUCAACUACAGCUCUGGUGACGACGGCUCCUAG